AUGGGUAAUGAUGGUGGAAGUAUUCCUACUCGUCGCGAACUGGUAAAGGAAGCAGCUCGCAAUCCAAAUACAUCCGAAUUAAAGGCUACCCUCCACGAGGCGCAAACACACGCCUGGACAUAUUGCCCUCUCUCUAAUCAACCCCUCGCUGCACCUAUAGUGUCCGACUGUGCUGGGACGCUGUACAAUAAAGAUGCUAUAAUCACACAAUUACUUCCCAAAGACGACGAUGUCCCAGCUUCUGUCAUAAAGGAGAAGGAAGAGGUUCUACAAGGACGAGUCAAGUCAUUGCGCGAUAUCGUCGAGGUUAAAUUCUCCACGGUUAUGGAAGAUAAAGAAGAGAAGAAGAUAUGCCCUAUCACCAGUAAGGAGUUAGGUGCCAGUGCCAGAGCUGUUUAUUUAGUGCCAUGUGGGCAUGCCUUCUCGGAAGUCGCGAUUAGAGAGUUAAAGGGCGACGCAUGUGUUGAGUGUAAUGAAGGUUAUACUGCGGAGAAUGUUAUACCGAUACUCCCCAUUGCGAAAGAAGACAUUGCAAGAUUAGCAUCUCGAGCUGCCAAGUUGAAGGAAGAUGGAUUAACACAUUCGCUGAAGAAAGCUCCAGGGGGAAAGAAGAAAAGAAAACAUGCUGUAGAAACGGAAUCUGCUGUUCCUAUGGAAAGCGGAAAGGAUGAUUCUAUCGACAGCAAACAGCCUCGGUCGCAAGGAACUGGAGUUGCUGAUAAGCCUCAGAGUCGAAUACAAGAGAAUGGAAAUGGAGCAUCGACACCAAAGUUGAAUAAUGGCGCAUCUACAGUUUCUUCAGGCAUCAAAAACGCUUCAGCGGCAAACCUGACAGCUAAAGUUUUAGAAGAACAAGAGGAACGAAACAAAAGAAGAAAAUUGGGAAUGAAUGACAACCUCAAGAGUUUGUUUUCAAAUACCGGAUACAAUGCACAAAAACAGAAGGGAGGGGAUUUCAUGACAAGGGGAUUCUCGAUGAACAAGAAAUCAUAG